CACAUGGCCCGGGACAGACAGACAGCAUGACCUCCAUCAGGUUUCUGAAGUUUCUGCUUCUCCUCCUCCUCCAUCAGGUCUACAGUGAGGAGGCAGAGCUCGUGGUCAGAGCACAGGGCAGCAACGUCGAGAUGGGGUAUUGUUUUGGAGUGGAUUAUAUUGUUGUUUAUAGAUGUGCUCCAGAUGGAGACCAGCUGCUUGGCAACUCUUCGGCCGACAGCAUGCCCAUUACACCUCCUGCAGACCUCCAGGGCCGUGUCCGUGUCAACGGCCAACAGGACCUGCUUGGGCUCCAGAUCUUGAACCUCCAACACAAGGACUCCGGGAUUUAUAGGAGGGAAUGCUGGAAGAACGGGAUACUGGUCAGCCAGUUCACACAGCAGCUCUAUGUGUGCAACGAGGAGGUUGAAUCUGUAGAGAUAACUGUGAGGGAAGAAGAUGGAGGGGCUGAGUUGCUGUGCAACUACACUUCCAUUGGUUUGGACGGGACCUCUGUGCGCUGGUACAAAGAUAUGUAUCCAUCUUAUAGGUCUACACUCUUCCUGGAUAGCAGUGUGUCACUGGACACGGAGCUGCAGGGUGUCGUGGUCAGAGACAACGGGGUGUUGCUUUUGCUUGACAACAGCACUUUAAAGUAUAACCAUCAAUUUUUGUGCCUUGUGAGCAAAGGUAAGAAUUGCCUCAGUUUCCAAAGCAUGCACCUACCGGACCGCAGCGAGAGCAGCGACAUUUUUGCUUCACAAGGGGACAGAGUGGUACUAAAAUGCCCCUCUGAUGGUGACAACCAGCAAUGGGAGACACCACUGGGGACAAUCAAUGGUAGCAGCGUAAAGAUGCACAUAUCCCGUGGUGACAGAUCAGAAGACUUCUCAUUGGUAAUUCCUGCCAUCUCUGAUGAACAUAGUGGGGACUACUCAUGCAUCUCUUCUACGUUUGAAUCGAAUUUCCGGUUGGCUCUUUGCCCUAAAAAGGUAUCGCAAGAAAAAGUUGUUGUUGAAGGCGGGAGCAUCUUGCUGGAUUGUGUCGAAGAUGAUUACAAAGUUGUGGAGUGGCACCGCCGAAAACCAUCAAGCGACUCUGAGGUAAUCCAUGUCUCAGCUGAAAAGACUAUUCCCAUCCCAGAAGAUCUGAGGGGCAGAGUGACUGUGUCCAAAAAUGGCUCCUCGCUGAUGAUCUCCCACAUGGAAAUGGAGGAUCAGGGGGUGUACUGGUGCAUUGUUUUAAGAGGCACUGAGUUCUUGGAGGAGGAUUAUUCUUCCGAAGAUGAUUAUGAUGAGGAAGAUAUUGGAGACGAUGAUUACAGUGAUGGCAUAUCCUGGGGAAAUACACCCAAGUGCAUCUUUAAACAGGAGACCACUUUGACUGUGAUUUUGGAAUCCCCACCAGUCCACCCGCCACGCUAUGCUGUGGCGGGUGGACUGGUGGGGCUGCUGGUGGUUGGAGUGAUUGUGGCAGUGAUUGCAGUAAAGAAGGCAAAGGCCUCACCAAAGUGGAGAGAAGCAGCCUCUCGCUCUGGACUAAACACAACCAAUGACGUAAAACUGAACAUGGAGUCUGAGUGUACCCAGAGUUUAACUCAUAAUAAUGAAUAAGGUGUUUAACAGCUUUUGUAAAGUGGCUCUAAGGCAUUUUAUAUCCAAAGGUCAUUAACUGUGCUAUGAAAUCUGUCCAUAAAUCACCCAGUGGUGACUGUGACUGUCAUAUUUAUACUUUCAGUUUCAAGUUGACACUCUUUCUCACUUCUUCUAAGGUGCUAAUGACUAAUACAGGGUUUUAUACAGUAAGAACUGAUAAAUGCAACUACUCCUUUCAAAACUCCAUUUUGUCUUGUGACUGAAAAUAUCAACAUACCUUGUUUUUUUACAAAGAAAGAAAUGUCAGCAACAAAUGUCAUAAUGUCUGUUAGUAAAAGGAGAAGGUGUUUUAAACUUAUCUGAUGGCCUGACACUGUGGUAUGUCUGUAAUGUGACAUUAAAUGAUGACUAAAAACCA